GUUUAGAGGGUUUAAUUGAUAUGUCUGGAACGGAGGAGGACGCAACUCUGAGCGCGAGGUUGGAUGAGGCGCUACGAGCUAUCGAGGAGGCCAAGGCUGAGAUGAAGGAGGCCAAAGCUGAGACGGAGGAGCUUAGGGCAGCACAGCGGCGUCUGCGGGUGCACCUGCCGGCAGCAGCUCAGGAGGCGACGGAUGAAGGAUACUUGACACGCCAGUAUGGUGCACAGCUGGUUGUUGAGCACAAGAGGACAUGGAGUUUUAUCUUGGAGGCAGCGGUGGGGGCCCCAUUUGAGAACAACCUGUACUCUUGCCAUUCCGUGGCAGAGGCGUGGAGGAUGAUGGAGGAUUGGUUUUUGCCGAGCCACCCAGGUGAUUGUCAGCUCCUCGUCGCCGAGCUAGACAGUAUAACCAUGAGUGAUGAUGAGGACCCCAAGCUUUUCUUCUCGCGCGUCGCACAACUGGAGACCAAGUUACGGGCUGUGGGCAUUGCUAAGAGUGACCAGGAAGUUGUGCAGAUCCUUGUGCGCCAACUCCCCGCACGCUACGAUGUCGAGAAGCGCACUAGUCUUUCCAAGCGUGAUUUAACCCGCGCUGAGUUGCAGGACGUCGUGCGUGGUCGAUAUGCCACGCUCAAGGCCAGCGAGAUGAGGGAGCGAGGGUCGGCAGCUUCGACGCCGGCGGUUUCUGUCAACCCCCAUGCUCUUGUUGUGGGCCGUGGCUUUGGACACGGCGGCAACGGGGGGAGCGGGGGGGCGGAGGCCAAGAGCGGAAUGGCAACAACGGCGACGGCCGCGGGCAACACUGGUCCUCUGGGGGCGGUGUUGUCCAACAGCAACAGCCGCAGUUGCAGGUGCAGCAAUACCGGCAGCCGCAACAGCCGCAGCGACACAUGCAACAGCCGAACCAACAGCCGCAGCGGCAGGUUCGAGGGCAGGUGCGGUGCAUGCGGCCAGUACGGUCACAUGUGGCGCAACUGUGCGUGGAGCAACCGGCACCCCCACCUCAACGUCGUCACUUCUGCUGGUGCACUCGGUCCGGAGUACGCGUACACCACCGCGGAUACAUCGGCCGUCCAAUUUCGUGAUGUCCCGGCGGCCGAUGGCGUAUACUACAGUGACACCAUGCUGGCCGGCGCUGGUGGCGGCGGCAACGGUGGUGGUGGUGCUGGCGGUGGUGGCAGCGGCGGUGACAAUGGCGGUGGUGGCGGUGGAGCGAUCGUACAGCAGCAGGUAGUGACACCGGGCGAGCCCUACUUUGGUUUUGUCGACAUUUUCCACGGCAGCGGUGGCGUGAAAGGUGAAAAUGGCGGCGGCAGCGGUGGUAGUGACGCGGCGGGAGCGGGCCCUGAGGCGCUUGGCAACGUCGAGGUCCACGUGGUCCCUUCUGGGGAAAAGGUGUACAACAGGCGCCCGCCGCUCCCGGAGGAGCGACUACUCAUGCUUGGCGACGGUAAGCACAUCCCGGUAGAGUUUUUCGGUGACUUGGAUGUGAUCUUCCACUGCCCUGAGGACGUGCGCGUCACCCUGCAGAAUGUUGGUGUGGUACCGGGUUUGGCGCUAGAUAUUCUGUCGCUGAACAAGAUCCAGGAUCGCCAUGAGAUCAAGCUUAACCGGCAUGGAGCAUCGAUGUUGGGGGGGCGAGUGCGCAUGACAAAACUCCCUCACGGGAAUUACAUCCAGGGGACUCGCGUUGAUCCACUGCCUCAACGCGAGUCACCUUUUCAGCCCCCCGCGAUGGUUGCGGCGAUGCUACGGCCUGGCACGCAAUCCAGCAUCGACUACAACGCUCUUCACUGCUCCCUCGGUCAUGCCAAUUCCAAGACGCUGUACGAGACUGCCAAGCAGAUGGGUAUCAAGGUGACCGGCACUCCGGAGUACUGCGAUGGAUGUGCGGAGUCGAAGGCGAUUCAGCGCUCGGUCCCCAAGGUCAUCUCCCCCUCCCGCCGGACGACGCGGCCUCUUGAGCGUGUCGCGAUGGACCUAGCCGGUCCGUUCGGCCAAUCCAGCGGCGGUGCCAAAUGGAUUUGCUUUCUGCGGGAGAAGAGCGGUACAAACGUGGUUGCGGUCUUUCGUGCGUGGUAUGCCUCCAUCAAAUCGCUCUUGGCUACUCACGGGGGGCUGGGCUGUGUUCUGACCGACAACGGUACGGAGUGGGUCAACGCGGAGUUUCGGGGGCUGCUGGCGGAGCUGAACAUUACGCGGGAGCUCACGGCGGUCGACGGGCCCAAGAGCAACGGUCGUGUGGAGCGGAGGAUUGCACUAGUGAUGGAGGGGGGCAAGGCUGCGUUUCUGGAGUUCCCGAAGCUUUUCCCCGGAGUUACGUUCCCGACCAAGGCGCUGUCCUUCCGGGCCGUCUGGCCCGAGGCCUUCGCGUGGAUGAACGACUCUCUGACCAUCGCAGCGGAGGUGAACAAGGAAGACAAGCGGUGCCCGGAAGCUAAGCUGUACGGCAGGAGGAGGAUCCGAGUGCUUCUGCCGUUCAUGAUGCCCGGCUUCCGUCACCGUCACCGCCCGUCCAAGAUGCACAGCAAGGGGGAGCGGUGCUUCUAUCUGAACUCAGGCCAGGAUCAUUCCUCUACGACGCACAAGAUCAUCACGCCGGCUGGGGUGCCCACCUACUCCGAACACUGCACCUUCGGCUUCAGCAGCCAGGGCUUUCGAGGAGAUGGGCGUUCUUGGGGGUCGGAAGGGGGAAUGGCCGGGGUCCCCGCGGUGGCGGCCGGAGCGGCAGCAUCGGCGGCAGCUCCAGCGGCGACGGCGGCGACCUCCGGUGGCAGUGUUCCCCCCGCGGCGGCGGCGGGGGGGAUGGCCGGAGGCCCCGCGGUGGCGGCCGGAGCAGCAGCAUCGGAGGCAGCUCCAGUGGCGACGGCGGCGACCUCCAGUGGCAUUGUUCCCCCCGCGGCGGCGGCGGGGGGAAUGGCCGGAG